AAGUUUCCUAUAGUUUAAGAAGAUUUUAAGAAGUUGACAGUCUGUGUUACCUGUGGUAACGUUAAUUUGUGUGUUCGUUUGGUUGUGACUGCGAUUUUUUUUGGAGUUUACGAGGCCUUCGAGAUGUCAUCCGAGGGUCACUCCGAGGCGGACCUGGACGCCAUGCCGGACCGCAUCGCCGGCAGCUUCGCGGACAAGACCGUGCUCGUCACGGGCGGCACGGGGUUCAUGGGCAAGGUGCUGGUGGAGAAGCUGCUCAGAAAAUGCCCAAACCUCCACGAGAUAAUCCUGCUGGUACGGCCCAAGAAGGGGAAGACUCCGCGACAGAGGCUGGAGGAGAUCUUCAACGGGCCGCUGUUCGAGAAAGUUCGUGAUUUACGAGGCGGCGUGGACGCGCUCCUGGCCAAGGUGUCCAUCGCGUCGGGCGACGUCAUGGAGAAGGGCCUCGGGCUGAGCCAGGAAGACCGCGGCAGGAUCGCCGACAGUGUGGAGAUCAUCAUCCACGCCGCGGCUACCAUCAGGUUCGACGAGGAGCUGAAGAAGGCAGUCCUGAUGAACGUGCGGGGGGUGAAGCUGAUGCUGGAGCUGGCGAAGCAGUGCAAGAAGUUGCAGCUGUUCGUGCACAUCUCGACGGCGUACUGCCACCUGCACGAGACGCUGCUGGAGGAGAAGCCGUACCCGCCGCCCGCCGACCCGCACCAGAUCAUAGAGGCCAUCGAGUGGAUGGACGACGACACCAUCAACACGCUCACUCCCAAGCUGCUGCACAACUUCCCGAACUCGUACGCGUUCACGAAGGCGCUGGGCGAGGCGCUGGUGGUGGAGGCCAUGUCCUCCGUGCCCGCCGCCGUGCUCAGGCCCUCCAUCGUUAUCCCGAUCUGGCAGGAGCCGCUCCCCGGCUGGACGGACAACAUCAAUGGACCCACAGGACUACUUAUUGGUGCCGGCAAAGGAGUCAUCAGGACGAUGUACUGCAAGAGCAACAGCUACGCGGACUACCUGCCCGUGGACGUCUUCAUCAAUGGGAUCAUGAUCCUCGUGUGGCACUACUGCGUGGAGGGUGACAAGAAGACGAACAUCGUGAACUUCACGUCGUCGGCGGAGAUCAAGGUGACGUGGUCGGAGAUGAUCGAGGCGGGCCGCGAGAUCAUCAUGAACAGGAUGCCUCUGAACGGGGUCGCCUGGUACCCGGGCGGGUCCAUGAAGCACUCGCGGCUGUACCACAACAUCUGCGCGUUCUUCUUCCACUGGGUGCCCGCCGUCAUCAUCGACGCUUUGCUCUUCUGUCUCGGGUACAAGCCCAUCUUGGUGCGCGUCCACCAGCGCAUCAGCAAAGGGUUCGAGGUGUUCGAGUACUACACCAACAACCAGUGGGACUUCAAGUCGGACAUCGCGCAGAACGUGCGCCUCAAGCUGAACGCGCGCGAGAAGCGCGACUACAAGGUGGACGCCGGAGGUUUGGACAUCUCGAAGUACUUCGAGGACUGUAUCCACGCCGCGCGCAUCUACAUCCUGAAGGAACCCGACGACACGCUGCCCGCCGCCAGGAGGCACAUGAGAGUGAUGUACUGGGUGGACGUGGUCGUGCGCUGCAUAUUCUGGUACUUCGUGAUCUCGUGGCUGCUGCGCGCGACCGGGCUCGGCUCGCUGCUCGCCGCCGCGCCCGAGCCCGCGCCCGCCGAGCUGGCCGCCUAGCGACAUCUAGCGGACAGCGGGUGAACUAGAUGGCGACUAGCGACAUCUAGCGGAGAGUAGGACCAUUAAGUGGUGACUAGCGACAUCUAGCGGGGAAUAGAACUAGAUAGAGACUAACGCUAUCUAGCGGGAAAUUGGAGUACUGGGUGGCGCUAGUCUUUAGCACCAUUUAGCGGAGAGUGGGUAAACUAAGUAGAGACAUCUAGCGUAGGAAGGGCACAUUUAAUAUUUAUUAGCGACUACGAAUAUGGUGAUGAAACAACUUCUAUUUUGUCGAUAUUAAAAUAAAUUCUAGGACAGCACUCAUUGACCAGAUUUAACUCCUUAAAUACCAUAGAAAUUAACUGGGACGAGACAAAAUAUUGAAAUUGUCGGCAAGUCAAUUAACUAUGUAUAAGGCCCUUCUUAAAUAUUACCUAUUAAUUUGUCGGCAAAAACAUUUUUGAAGUUUUAUAUGUAACGUAAGAAAUAUGUUAUUGUCAUUUUAAUGUUUUAUAUGUAAAUAAAUGAAAUAAUUUAGAAAUAACAAUCUUUAAAACCAAUGUGUUUGAAAUUAUUAAUUUCUUCAUAUGAUGAUAUUUUUCAAUGAAUUUCCUUCAGCGAAACUGCAUCGGUGUAGGUUUUAUUUGAUAAGUUUGAAGUAGAACUUUUAUUUUUAACACAUCAGAAAUACCACCAUGAUAUUCUUUAAUAAUUUUAUAAUUACUGUCGGUACGAUUGAGUCCACUUUUUCUUUCUCCAUGGUAUUUUAUAUUUAUAUUCACCCCACUCCAAUACAUACUCAGUCUUUCCACCUUUUAAUUAUUAAAUGAGUUCAAAAAACCCUUUUCUAUUAAAUUUCCUUCUUCAUUCGAUGGUAAGUGAUAUUGCUCAACUUACAUAUUGUUAUUUACAAUUUCAUUAAUAUAAUUGUAAAUUUCUUAAUUUUCACUGUACAAUAAUUACGAGUAGACUGUAAUCAAAAUUAUUCUACUUUAUUUUAGGAAAUAAAAUCUAAGUCAAUUACAAAAAAGUCUUUUUGUUAUUUUCAAUUGUAUAAAUGAACUUUGAUGCGCAUUUAUUGAUUAAAAAUGCGUAUUUACUAGUAUGUAUUUCAUUUAGACAAUAUUUUAGAUGUAGGUAACUAGUUCUGGUUGAAGUAUUGUAUAUGAAUUAUAUGUUUUAUUUAAUGUUGAUGUAUGUUGGGAUACUAAGGUAGAAUAAGAAAACUGUGUAAGUAGUUUAUUGUAAGUGAUCAUUGAAUUGUUGAAACCUUAUGAACUUUCUAGGUUAUUUUUGUAAUGUGAUACUGAA